UGGAAGGCAGGGUUGGGGGAGCGUGAGGAAUGGGCGACCCUGAAGUCAUUGGCCACGUCCAGGGUUGGACGAGUUUGCCGGUGCCCCAGAACGCCUAGGGCGUACUGUGAAGGAGGGCCCAGCUGCUGGGUCCUCCCGGGCAGGGGUCUGACAUCUGGACAGUGUGGGAAAGCAGUAUCUAGCCCUUGGGGAGUCGGAAGGAGCCCAGCCCCAUCCAGCUGUGCAAACGAGAAGAGGAGGUCCCAACCCUACCCUCGGGAGAGGGGCAAGAGGGGUGGUCAAGCCGCAGCCGUGCCGGGCCCCCGCGGUGCGGGUUGAGCCAGUCUCCUCAGAGCCCGACGCAGAAACUUGUAACAAACAGGCGACCGCGGGUGCCCCUAGCAGCCGGCGGCGGAGUGGGUGGGCGGGCGAGAGGGAGGGGAAGGCUGGCGGACGCCGCAGCGAACUGGUGGGCAGACCCGGAGUCGCCGCGUAAGCGGGGCCGGCUCAGUGCGGUGCGGCAGGCGCGGCUGUGCGGCAGCGGAAGUCCUUUGUUGCAGCACAGUCCCUGGCAGAGCCAGAACCUCUCCGCGCAGCCCAGCCUGAGUGCCGCGCUUCGCCGCCACUGCAGCCCCUUCGCCUCCGCCCGCCUUUCCCGUGGCCGAUUUGCCUUAAACUCCCUAAAAUCUCCGCAACCUCGGUUCCCGCUGCGGCCGGUCUCUAAUCAAUAGAAGAUGGCAAAGCCCAGCCACAGCAGCUACGUCCUUCAGCAGCUAAACAACCAAAGGGAAUGGGGCUUUCUCUGUGACUGUUGUAUUGCAAUUGAUGACAUUUACUUUCAAGCGCACAAAGCCGUGCUAGCUGCUUGUAGCUCCUAUUUCAGAAUGUUUUUCAUGAACCAUCAGCAUAGUACUGCACAACUGAAUCUCAGCAACAUGAAAAUUAGUGCUGAAUGUUUUGAUCUCAUUUUGCAGUUUAUGUAUUUAGGGAAAAUUAUGACAGCUCCCUCCAGUUUUGAGCAAUUUAAAGUGGCAAUGAACUACCUACAGCUAUACAAUGUUCCGGACUGCUUAGAAGACAUACAGGACGCAGAUUGUUCUAGUUCAAAAUGUUCAUCUUCUGCAUCUAGCAAACAGAACAGCAAAAUGAUAUUUGGGGUAAGAAUGUAUGAAGAUACUGUGGCUAGAAAUGGCAGUGAAUCCAAUAGGUGGUGUGCAGAGCCAAGUUCAACAGUAAAUACACCACAUAACAGAGAGCCUGAUGAAGAGUCUUUACAACUGGGUAAUUUUCCUGAACCACUAUUUGAUGUAUGUAAAAAAAGCUCUGUGUCCAAAUUAUCUACUCCAAAAGAACGUGUAUCACGACGCUUUGGACGAAGUUUUACCUGUGAUAGUUGUGGAUUUGGCUUUAGCUGUGAGAAAUUAUUAGAUGAGCAUGUGCUAACCUGUACUAACAGGCACUCAUACCAAAACACGAGAUCCUACCACAGAAUAGUAGAUGUUCGAGACGGAAAAGAUGGUGGUAUCAAGGCUGAAUUUGGUGAAAAGGAUUCUUCUAAGACAUUUCCUGCACAGACGGAAAAAUACAGAGGAGACACAAGCCAGGCUGCUGAUGAUUCGACUUCGACCACUGGGAGCAGAAAGAGUAGCACAGUGGAGUCUGAACUAGCCAGUGAAGAAAAAAGCAGAGCUGCUGAGAGGAAAAGAAUCAUUAUCAAGAUGGAGCCAGAAGACAUUCCUACAGAUGAACUGAAAGACUUUAACAUUAUUAAAGUUACUGAUAAAGAUUGUAAUGAAUCCACUGACAAUGAUGAAUUAGAAGAUGAACCUGAAGAACCAUUUUAUAGAUAUUAUGUUGAAGAAGAUGUGAGCAUUAAAAAAAGUGGUAGGAAAACUCUAAAACCUCGGAUGUCAAUAAAUGCUGAUGAAAGAGGUGGUUUAGAAAAUAUGAGGCCUCCUGACAACAGUAGUCCGGUUCAAGAAGAUACUGAAAAUGCAUCUUGUGAGCUGUGUGGACUCACAAUAACUGAGGAGGACCUGUCAUCUCAUUACUUAGCCAAACACAUUGAAAAUAUCUGUGCAUGUGGCAAAUGUGGACAAAUACUUGUGAAGGGUCGACAACUUCAGGAACAUGCUCAGAGAUGUGGGGAACCCCAAGAUCUGACGAUGAAUGGGUUAGGAAAUACUGAGGAGAAGAUGGACAUGGAAGAGAAUCCUGAUGAGCAGUCUGAAAUAAGAGAUAUGUUUGUUGAAAUGUUGGAUGAUUUUAGGGACAAUCAUUUCCAGAUUAACAGUAUCCAAAAAAAGCAGUUAUUUAAACAUUCUGCCUGUCCUUUUCGAUGUCCUAAUUGUGGCCAGCGUUUUGAAACUGAAAAUCUAGUGGUUGAACAUAUGUCUAGCUGCCUAGACCAAGAUAUGUUUAAGAGUGCCAUCAUGGAAGAAAAUGAAAGAGAUCACAGACGAAAGCAUUUUUGUAAUCUCUGUGGAAAAGGAUUUUAUCAGCGGUGUCACCUAAGAGAACACUAUACUGUUCAUACGAAGGAAAAACAGUUUGUGUGCCAGACAUGUGGAAAGCAGUUUUUAAGGGAACGUCAAUUGCGACUGCACAAUGAUAUGCACAAAGGCAUGGCCAGUGGUGAAAUAGGGCCUUCUAAACCUCUGGAGAAGUGAGAUCUGAAUUUGGAGAGGACCUGGGGAAGAAUCAAUCUUCAACAGAUAAUCUUUAAGUCCAGACCCAGGAAUAUCAGAUCUGAAGUGACACCAUCUUUUCUGUCUUCCUGACAAACCUCAUCAGACCCAAAAGUUCCAGUUGCAAGCAUCCAAGAAAAUUCAGUAAACAUCACUUUGAAAUCAAUUUGUUGUGACAAAAUUGAUUCAUGGUGACUCUCCUAGUAUUUGUGGAAAAUCUGCUAAAGAAAAGUAGAAUAUUCAUAAGACAUCAGUGGGAAAAGCUACACUAAAAUGAAACUAUAUGCUAAUUAUCUUUAAGAGUCCCUUCUAAAAGGCUUGCUAGGCUACUAUAAAUAGAGAUAAUCACACAAAUGUGUAAACAAUUUUAAACUUAAUCUGAGUCAGAGUUUAUAUAUAAUGACAUGCAUUUAGACAAUUUAAGAAGUUAUACAAUAAAAUCUGUAUAGAGCAUAAAUAAAAAAAUGGGUACACAGACAAAAAGACCAAUAUUUUAACAAGAUAAUCUAGUCAUUUCUCACUGUAAUGUAACAUUUGCUCUUCUUUAUAUAUGUUACAAACUUGAUUAUUACUGUUAAUGAAGUUCCCGUUUAAGUCUGGUGAUGUGAAGGAAAAACAAGCAGUAUUACUUUGUCAGUAGUAGUUGAUCUUCACAAAUCACAAACAACCAAAGAGUCUAUUUUAAGACACAUUAUUUUCUUUUGAACUUGGUAAUAUAACCUAAUAGAACAGAAUAGGUUUCUGUUAACCAUUUAUUCUCAGGAUUAAUGUUUCUCAGUUUUCAAAUUUCAAGAUAAAAUUCUACUAAGUAUUGAAUAAAACAAUGGUUAACAUAUUCUUAAAGCCCUUUCAUGGGGGAAUGAAAUGUUUGGUGAAAAUUUAACCUGGCUACAAAUAACUUGAUAUAUGCUCAUAACAUUUCUUAACUAUAUGAAUUCUUGUAGCCAUAUUAUUUUCAUAUUGUGAGUAUACUUGUAGUUUUACUUUUGAUUAACUGUGUACCCAAUUCAUUAUUAUUAUUUUAUUUUUGUUUAUUGUGCAAUAUCAAGAUGUCAUAUUUUCAGAAUUGUGUAUUAUGUUUUUAUGCCUAUUCAAAUAUUUUACUAUGUUGCACAAAGAGCUCUUAGACUAUACAUAAUAGCAUAUGCAGAAAUUGAGUAGUUUAAAAUCUCUAGCUAUAAAAUAGAAUAACUUAAAUAUCCUUUCUAACAAUUUGAUUAACAAAAGUUAGAGAAAAUUGUCCUGACUGGUGUGGCUCUGUGGGUUGGGCAUUAUCCUGCAUACUGAAAGGUCACUGGUUUGAUUCCCUGUCAGGGCACAUGCCUGGGUUGCAGGCCAGGUCCCCUGUUGAGGGUGUGCAAGAGGCAAUGGGUCGAUGUUUCUCUUGCACAUACAUGUUUCUCUCCUCGCCCUCCCUUCUCCUCUAAAAAUAUAUAUUUUUUAAUCAGAGAAAGUUAAUUACAAUGAUAGUGGGUGAGAAGGAAAAGAGAAAUCCACUAGAGAUCUCAAAUUCAUAUGAAUUCAACUGCUUUAGAAUAAACCAAGUUUAGAAAACUAAAGUGUUCAUCAAAAUUAAAAUUAGUCUCUUGGGAGCAUGAGGAAACCUAAAGAAAUGCAAAUUUGUAGCAAAUAAGAAACAUAUAAGAAUAUUAUCAAUAAUUAAAGGUGCCAGAUCAAUAUAGUAAAGACUCAAUAAUUUUAACUGGUGGAAUUAGAUUCACAAAAGAGAUUAAAUUUUGACUGUACUAAAAUACAAAUGUAAUGAAGAAUAAGUGAUAUAAAUGCCUUCUAUAAUGUGAUUGUUUUCUGUACAUUAAUAUAAAAUGGAGUUUAUUAGGUCACAUAGAGAAC